AUGUUUUUGAAUGAUAUGGCGAUGUUUAAUGAUCAAGCCCAAUUUGGAGGCAUUGCUGCAUUCUGCGAAAACUUGAAGUUUGACGAGAAUGGAAAAAUUGGGAAUCCAAUCAGAGAACUUCUUAAUGGAGGAAUUAAAAAUGAGGACGCAAAAAUUCGUUUAAAUCUUUAUAUCGAAUGUGUUGAUAAUUUCUUCGCUAAAGAUAGAGGACUUUUUCAAAUGAAAAAUUCUAAACACUUGGAAUUUUCAGAAAUUAACAAAAAGCUUUUUCGAGCAUUUUUGCUUACCAAACCUUUGUAUAUUUCAACUCUAAUGUACGAAUCAAUUCAAAAUAAAGACACAAAUGCUUUAUUAGAAAUUGUUUCCACUCAAAAAUUAGAGGAUUUAAAUGUGGCAUUGAGGAUAAUGAUAGCUCUUCAUCCGGAUUUAAAAUUGGUUAAAAUGGACAAUGACAUAGUCGAUUUUAGAGAUUUCUCAAAGGGUCAAAGUGUGUUCGAUGCUGAAACCCUAGAACAAUUUUUAAAUUGGCGUUUUGACCCAAAUUGUAAUGAAAAGCCCACAGAAGAUAAGAUUGGAUGGUUAAACAAUCCAAAGAAAAAGAUUCUGAAUUAUAUGAAGAAUUCUAAGCAAGGGUGCUUAGAGAACCCUACUAUUUCACACUAUAUGGAAAUUUUGGAAAACAAAAACGAACUAAAUAAUUUCUUUCUUCGUCGUUUCAAUUGUGCGAUGAAAGCUUUUGAAAAUCAAAAACAAGAAAAGACAUCGUUACAUGUGGAUGACUUGAUCCGAACACUUAUUCUCUCAUAUAGCGUUGAUGAGGAAAGCAUCACUUAUUUAAUGAAAGUAAAUGAAAAGAAAGAGCUUGAAGAUAGAAUUAACAAUGCUUUUUUUAAUCUUCAAGGAUGGAAUGACAAAGUUUUCAAAUACGUGUGCAAACGGCUUUUAAAUCUUGGUAAGUUAAAGAGGAGAGACAAUGCUUCCCAAGUCAUGUCCUACAACCGAUUCAUUGAACAUUAUGGAGAAAAUAUUGUAGCAUUCACAAAUGCUUUAACAAAUGUUGAAAAUCUUGUUAACAUCAAAAUUGAAAACAAAAAAGUCAAAAUUACAAAUGAUAAAUUCUAUAAUGAAUUAAAUAAAGUACCAGGUUCUUCAAUCCUCAAAGAACUUAUUGAGGAGAUAAAUGAUGGUAUUAUGGUGAAGUUGGGUAAAUUGAUUCGUGAAAUGAUAGAAAAUCAAAAGAAAAACGAUUUGAUUGUAUUCAUCUCGAAUCAUCUGCGUGCAGCAUAUUUAGCAUUAGCUCUAGCAUUGAAUCACGGUGUGGAAAAAGUAGAUGAUAUCGAGAGCAAAGUUAAAAUCAUUAUUUUAAAAAUAUCUAACGAGCAAUUAGACAAAAUUAAAUCAAUUAAUUUUGAUUCGAUUAAAAAAUUGUUGGAUGAAAUUUCUAUAAAAUUGUCUAAACAACACAUUGAUUUUGUUAAUGAUUUGAUAAAUGAAAUGAUAAAUUUGAUUAAUGAUGUUGAUUUUAAAUUGAGUGGAGAUUCCGGCCACAAUUUCUUACCAGAUUUUGUUGAUUUUCGAGCAAUACAACUUUUUGAUAAUGGGGAGAACAAAAAUUUUGUGGAUCGUUUAAUUGAGAAAAUAUUCAAUUAUUUGAAGAGACCAAUUGAUUGGAUAAGAAAUAAAGCUUCAAACAGCAAAAACAUUGUGUUCCUGAAUGAGUUUAAACAAAUUAAUUCGUUUGUGGUUGUUAUUGAAAAUUUUAUAACCAAGAAAACGCCCAUAGAGAAGCUCUAUUUUAAACUAAAUAAAAUUAAAAAUCAUGGAGAAAAAUUGUCGAAGGAAUUACGAUUUUUUCUGAGCAAUAUCCUCAACAAUUGGAAUGAUAAAAUCAAAUUAAAAAAAGAAUUUUUAAAAUUAUUUCAUUAUAUAACUGACUUUCGAAAUGCCUUAAAAAUUAAUGAAAAUGAGGAAAAUAUUUUUACAAAAGAAGAGAUUGAUGUAGAAACAGACAAUUUUAACAAAACGACAAAGAAUGAUCUUAAAAAAUCUUUUAAAGAAAUAGUUAAAUAUGUAAAGCGAUUUAUGAGUAAUCUUAAAAACAAGUUGAACGAAAACCCAGAUAAAAAUUAUAAGAAAAAUGAUUGGCCAAUUUUGGCAAAGUAUUUUGAUCGAGAAGUUAAAGUUGGUUUAAAUUUAUUAUUUAAUAUAAAGCAAAGCAUCACUAAAUAA